AUUUUGUUGAACGCACCCAUUCUCUGGCCAUGGCUGACGGCAUAUCUAAUGCGCUUCCCCUCGAGGACUACAGGAGAUACGGAAGACAGAUGAUCCUGGAUGGUUUCGGUCUUCCAGGACAAACAAGCCUGAAAAGAUCAUCUGUAGCAGUAGUAGGCGCGGGUGGCCUUGGAUGUCCCGCUCUGCAGUAUCUUGCCUCGGCUGGUGUUGGAAAGAUCACCGUUGUGGAUCACGACAGUGUCGACCUGUCGAAUCUCCAAAGACAGGUCAUUCACCGAGAAAGCUCUCUGGGCACAUCGAAGGCAGCUUCUGCCAUGCGAUUUAUCCAUGACCUCAACUCGACGAUUCAAGUGACAGCAGUUGAGAAUGCGUUGUCAUCUGAGAAUGCGUUGGCCUUACUUGGUGGACAUGAUGUCAUACUGGACUGUACAGACAAUGCACCGACGCGGUAUCUACUCUCUGACACUGCAGUACGAUUGCAAGUUCCCUUAGUCAGUGGUGCGGCCCAGAAAUUCGACGGUCAACUUUGCGUGUACAACUACGGGGCCGAUGGACCGUGCUAUCGAUGCAUCUUUCCGAAGCCCCCUUCUCAGGAAGCAGCCCCUCCAUGCGAGGAGACUGGGAUCUUGGGAGCUGUUACUGGUAUCAUCGGGACAAUGCAGGCUUUGGAGACUAUCAAGAUUCUUACAGGUCUACACGAUGGCAAGCCGGCGAUGCUACUGUUCUCAGCUCUCUCGUUUCCUGCCUAUAGAACCGUUAAAAUGAGGACGAGAAGGCCGGAUUGCAUCGCAUGUGGCAACAAGGGCGCCAACAUUGACCUGAUAGAGACUACGGAUUACAUUGCAUCCUGCGGUGGCGUACGGCCCAACUUCGAAGCUACCGGGCUUUUACCUGGAUCACCCGGUCAGAGGAUUCGAGUGCAGGAAUUGUACGACAUGGUGUUGUCCAACAGGUCGCCCUUUGUCAUUGAUGUCAGACCUGAAACAGAAUUUGGGAUAUGCCACCUUCCAGGUUCAUCCAAUAUACCACUACCUAGAUUCGUUGCCGAGCCGUCAUCACACAUACCUAAGGAUAGGAAGGACGUUUACUUCAUUUGUCGCUUGGGGAAUGAUUCUCAGAUCGCAGCUGAGGCACUGCGUGGUGUUAGCCCAGAACUAAGAGCAAUGGACAUCGUUGGUGGACUGAGAGCUUGGUCGAGAGAUAUCGAUUCCGAAUUUCCAGUUUAUUAGCUAUAAUACAAG